GAAAUAUUUGAUAAAAUCAUUUAUUUUAAAUUCUAAGCUAAUUAAGGCUUUAAUAAGGAACAAAUAGGUAUUGCUGUGAUACCAGAGCACUGUAAUCACUUAUGAAUGUGAAGGAACAGUGUAAAAAGUCGUAAGAGUAGAUUUUUAAAAGGAAUAAGUAUUUUUGAGGAAAAAUUGCAAGAAUCAAAUAAUUAAGAAAGAUAUAGAUGACAACAGGUCAAGUAAUAGAGGAAAGUGACAUGAACCAGCAAUUCGUGAGUAAUGAUCAAAUCACUGACAUUGAGUCGUAUAGAAAAUUAGUGAAAAAUUUUCUGGAUCUUCGUCGAUAUAAAUCAGCCUUAUAUUGGUCAGAGAAAGUAGCAGUUCUGUCUAAUAACUAUCCAAAGGAUGUAUAUCAAAUUGCGCAAUGCAUGUAUAUGCUUAAAGAAUACAAUCGAGCUAGUCAUGUCAUCAAAAAGAGCGGAAUAGAAACAAAGAAUUUGCUAUGCUUGACUUUACUAGUUGAAUGUCUUUUCGCCUCAAAUGAUUAUCAGGAAGCGCUUAAUCUGCUCAAUUCCUCAGAGAUUGAAGACCUAAACACAUCGCUACAUGAUGAGACUGAAAUCGAUCCAACAAUAAGCCAAGUUAAUGACAAUCUUCGAAAUGAUAUGCUUGCUUCAUUGUAUUUACUGAAAGCUAAAAUUCUCGAGUCAAUGGAUAAAAGGACAUUAGCGAUCGAUUGUUACAUUCAAGCACUUCAUAAAUCAGUUUACCUUACAGAAGCAUUAGAUGCAUUGUUGCAGCAUGAAGUUUUAAUGUCAUGGGAAGAAAAGGAUCUAAUUCAUCUUAUAAUGCCCAAUAAACAGCUAUGCAAUGAUGCAGAUUUGAAGAUAUUAAAGCAUCUUUAUGAUCAGAAAUUAAAGAAAUACUAUUCGACAUCCAAUCAGGCAGUACAUCCAGAAAAGACACCAAACAACGCUAAUAUACUCAAUACAAUCAAUGAAAAGAUUAAAGCCGGCGAGACUAUAACAGAUUCUCGUAGAUCCAUAGGUCUGUCAACAUCCACAACCAUCAAAUCAGCUACAAAAGCUUUUCCUACACCUGGUGCUCAAAGUGUCAUGUCACCAGCCAAUAAAAUUCUCUUUGAUCUCAAAAACACCUCUGCAUCUGCAUUCUCAAUUCAAGCUAGUCUUACGAGAGUCUCAAUGCUCAAUAAUAGCCGUACUCUAAAUACCAGUAAAAUUACAAUCAAUACGAUUAAAAAUUCCGAGGAUGCUUUGACAGCCGAUAAUGCGCUUAAAUUACUAGAAAAUAGUGUGGAUAUUAUGGUUGCAAAGGCUGAAGAAUUUUUCUACAAUUGUGAAUACAAAAAGUGCUUGAAGAUUAUCGAAGAAAUACUGGAUCGCGAUCCGUACCACAAACGAAGCUUAUUUAUCCAAAUAGGAUGUUUAAUGGAACUAAAGGACUCAAAUGCAUUAUUUUACACAGCACAUAAGCUUGUCGACUUUAAUCCUGAUGAUGCAAUUUCAUGGUAUGCUGUUGGAUCUUACUACAUACUGAUUAAUAAGACCGAACAAGGUAGACGUUAUUUAUCGAAAGCAGCAUCUCUCGAUCGUUUAUUUGGACCAGCAUGGCUGUCUUAUGGACAUUCGUUUGCAAAAGAAAAGGAACAUGAUCAAGCAAUGGCUGCAUAUUUUAAGGCAACACAAUUAAUGCGUGGAUGUCACUUACCAUUACUUUAUAUUGGAGUUGAAUGUGGAUUAACAAAAAAUUAUGAAAUGGCUGAAAAGUUUUUCUAUCAAGCUAUGGCAUUAGCACCACUAGAUGUUUUUGUACUACAUGAAUUGGGAGUUAUUAAGUACGAGUCUGAAUUGUUUGAGGAUGCUGAGGAGAUUUUUAGAUCAACACUAAAUAUGGUCACUGAAAUGUGCAAAAAGAAUCAGGAACCAAUUAGUGAACGAUGGGAACCAUUAUUAAAUAAUCUCGGUCAUUGUUGUCGAAAAAAUAAAAAGCUUGCAGAAUCCUUAAGUUUUCAUACACAAGCUCUGUCAUUGAAGCCAAUGAAUGCACAAACAUAUACUUCAAUCGGUUUCGUGCUUGCUCUCAUGGGACGAUUAAGUGAGGCAGUUGAGGCAUUCCACAAAAGUUUAGCAUUAAAACGUGAUGAUGUUAUAGCAAGUACAAUCCUGAAAACAGUUUUAGAGGAUUUAGUCGAGGAGAUGGUUGAAAAUGAUGAUAUUGUGAAAGAAUUUAAAUCCGAUCUAAUGCCGGUAGAAGCGACAAUUGAUGCUAGUGAGGAACUAAAGGAAAAUACCGAUGCCAAUAGAAAAUUGAAAUUCGAUGAAAAUGAGGAUUUAACUGAGAUGAGUUUAGAUUGUGACUAAUACCUUUAUUAUUUAAGUACAUGAAAUAAACUUCCAUAUGAAGAACUUAC